GACAAUACCGACGUUUCCCUCCUUUCUACCCUACUCGCAUUUUUCCAGCAUUCACAAUACCAACCUAAUCGUUUCCGUUAACUUCGCACUGCGUAGAUGUCGCAUCAUCGCAUCCUUGAUUCUUCCCCUGUACCCUUGCCCCCGCGCGCGCCUUACAACCCUCGUAAGCGCAGUGCAGACACCGCGUCCCUCCUCACUCCCCCUCGGACGGUCAAAAAGCUCUCGCGAUCCCGCGCCGGAUCCGCCUUCGACUCAGCAGAUGAGGAGGAUCACGCCCUGCCCGUGCUGGCCGCCACACCCCGUGUCUUACCUGAACGCGACGGCGAUAAGGAAGAGGUCAAGGCGGGGAAUCCCACCAUAGUGAAGCGGAGGAAGAUCGACGAUCUCGCCGCAGAGCUGAGCGAUGAGAGGGACUUCGAGGACGCGUUCUGGAUGGGGGGCCAAUCGUCGUCCAGAAAACCAAAGCCGAGCGCCCCGUCGCGCACGAAAGCCAAGGCAGCCCCGGCGCGGCGCCUCUCUGGCGCAGCCGACAGGAUCCAGUCUUCUCGUCCGCCGACCUCCCGACGCCUCUCGCAGUCGCGCUCACAUCUGACGACUGCGUCGAGGGCGUGGGCCCUCCCGUCCCCGCCCCCGUCACGCGUGCGUCCCCCGGUCACCCCGCCUCGCAAAGCGGUCGCCACUAGGCAGCGCGUCGCGUCUCGGCAGACGAUCCCCGUGCGCGAUUCUCCCAACAACCCGUUCCUCGAUGACUCGCCUGCGUCUAUACCAUCGUCUCCCAUCGAGCCACGCACGCCAACGUCGCGUCUCGAGAGGCCGACUUUGACCUACGUUCACCGUGGCAAGAAACAAGAGUUCAUGAAUCCACACUUUAACGCACCCAUCGACCCUCGCACCCUCCUUCCGGUGGACCACCCCGAAUUCAUUCCGCCUGAGAACUGUGCCCCUCGCCGGCUCUUCACCAGCGGUCUCUCUAAAUCCAAAUCCAAGGCACAGAGGCGCACAACGACCCCCCAAACGCCGCCGAAACCCUCCCGCCGCGCUCUGAGUCCUGAUCCUUGGGACUCUGACGACGACGAGUUGCCGAUGCCGGCGCUGCCGCCGAAGACACUUGCGACCGAGUUUGAGAAGGCAGGCACGGCCGAGAAGGAUAAUGACGAACUGCCCGCAUUGCCGACUAAGGCCCUCGAUAUAGGAUUCGAGAGGCUCGUGCGACCCAAGAGGGAGAAAGCCGCGGACGUGAAGAAGGGCCGCGCAAUCAAGGUCCUCCCCACACGCGGUCGAGCUCCAGUGGCUCCUCAUGGUCCAGCGGGCGGCCCUUCAUCUCCGCGCUAAGCUCGUAGCGCUCACAGGUUCAUGUUUUGGGUCUUUACCCUCGAUUUGUAUUCCAUGUUUCAUCUAAGCUUUGUUCAUGUUAAUAUUCGUUGAUUUAUCCGUGCUACUUCAUCUUUUCUUCUGCUCCCGUGCGUUACCUCCUCCAUACACUGUUUACUCCUGCGAUACCUUCUCCCUCAUCCUCAUGCACCGCUGUUUAUCACUUCUCGUUUUCCGCGUUUUUAUUACGUGCCAAAUAUCGUCCAGUCGAUGUGUUGUCGCGCCUGUUCUUCCCGUGCCUUGAUUUGCAGAUUUGCUUGCUCCUUUUUGUGUCCACGAAUCGAACGGCGUUAGGCCGUUCGUGUGUAUGUACUUGGGAUGCUAUGCUCAUGAAAUACUAUAAGUUUUGUUG